AUGGGUGUACCAAUUUGUGAUGAGCAACGCCCGAGUUGUACUACCUGUAGCCAGCGACAGGACGAAUGUGUGUACAAUGCCGAGGGACUUUACUUCUUCACGGGAAAUCAACCCCGAAGGCCUCGACGCACAAGGCAGACCUCGGCAGACAAUGUGACAUCUCCCUCCAACAGGGACACCUUGGGUCUUUUGGAUCAUUUCGAGGCCACAGAGGCAUCUGCAAGCACCCCUGGACUGAACAUGGAGCAGCUAGAACUUGAGCUACAGUGGAUCAUGCAUACGCAUAAACUUCUAGCUCGCAGCGAGGAGACCCGCAAGGUCUGGGAGCUAGUGGUAUUGCAGGAAGCUCUCAAGGCACCUUUUCUGAUGCAUGGAAUUUUGGGCCUAUCCGCACUACAUUUGUCAAGACUCCGCGAGCCUGAAAGCCAACCCAAGUGGCUGAGCGUUGCAAUUUCACACAAAAACAUUGCCCUAUCCAUGUUCUCCGAGCAACUUUCCAAUAUCGACCAUUCCAACGUCAAAGCAAUGAUGAGUUUUGCUGGGUUGGUAGUGGCCUUUGGACUAGGGAGUGUACUUUCCUCUUGGACUGCCGAAGGCCCAAGCCUCAAUUCUUUGAUUGAAAUCUUUCAUCUCUCGCGCGGAGUCCAGGCAGUCGCCAACAAAGAGAUCGAAUUUCUACGCCAGAGCAAUCUUGCGCCUCUCUUCGAUGUAACGCAACCAGAAGUCUGUUUUCCUGAUCAUGUCAUAACUGCGUUCGAUCGUCUUUAUGAACUAAACGCUCAGUGCGGCCAGCAAUCUGUCCAUCACAAUUGUUCAACAUACGAGCGAGUGCUCCAAUAUCUGCGAGAACUUGUGGUUUUCACUUUGGCACAACCCAGCUCAAUGACUCUUGCCGCAGGCUGGGCUAUUCGAGCACCAGCAGAGUAUCUCAAUGAUCUAGACAACAGAGUCCCCUUUUCCCUCGUGGUGCUAGCCCAUUACUGCGGAUUCUUGCACAUGGCCCGCGAGAACUGGUGUGUGGGAUCUUGGGGCCGUGUGGUUUUAGAAGAGAUCAAAAAUUCCUUGACCUCUGACUGGCAACCCCAUAUCGAGUGGGCAGACGAGCAAGUUGGGCGGCCGCAAAACAAUCAAUCGAUUCCACUGCCGAUGGAGACUUGA